UUUCAGGUGUUAUACUGGACAUAAUUUAAGAGAGAUUUUGAUAGAUUGACAUUUGACCAGAAGUUGUACCUGAAGAGUCCGAAAUGCCAACCAGUACGCCAUCACAGGGAGGAGAUAGCGGAGGAGCAGGGAAGGAGCGUCGAAAGAAGGAAAGCAUUCUGGAUCUGUCGAAGUACCUGGACAAGGCAAUUCGGGUGAAGUUCAGUGGAGGGCGCGAGGCCACCGGGGUCCUCAAGGGAUACGACCCCCUUCUCAAUCUUGUCCUCGACACAACAAUUGAAUACCUUCGAGAUCCAGAUGAUCCAUACCGGUUGACAGAAGACACGAGGCCAUUGGGACUAGUGGUGUGUCGGGGCACGGCCAUCGUCCUCAUCUGUCCCCUUGAUGGCACCGAGAGCAUCCCAAAUCCCUUUGUCCAACAGGAUGCAUGAUCUCUAUUCUUUCCUUAUUUCUCUCCUGUCCUGCUUUUGUAUUGGUAUGCAAGCCAAAGGAAUUAAACCUUAUGGUGCAUGUGGUAGGUCGAA